AGGUUUACUGGCCGUAAACUGUUCAUAUUAUCCUAAAAAUCGGAUUAUCUUAAAUUUUUAAGGUCUGACGUUAGGCCUUCUUUCAUAUCAUUCUGGAUAUCUCCCAUGCAAAAUUACAGUUUGUUUUUAAUGCCCGUUUUUCUCGUCCAUUUUAGGGAGAUGUCUUGAACAGGUAUGUCUUCAACUGCUGUCUCUUUUCUCACUUUUACCCUCAGAAUUAGCUUUGUCGCAGUCAAGUACAUGAAUACACAAUUGUGUUAAUGCACGUUAAACCUACGACGAUCAACAUCUACGCAUAAAUUGUCUUGGCAAACAGGGGUUGUCCGCCUUGUGCGGUUUUCUCAUGAUCGUUAAAUGCGUUUGGUGUUUUUUCCGAAUAACCCUAUUAUUGUUCGCAUUCCAGCGGCUAAUUCCAUUGAGUGCUCCAACAACCCUUGUGAAAUUUCAUCUAACUGAAGCUAAACUAAAUUAUGAUUCAUUGGGAAAAUUGCAUAACUCGCUCCAUCGUCAAUUUCUGCCUUUGGGAGAGUCUAAAAUUAAUUUCAGAUCUGUUCUUGUAGUACACGUCCUCAAAUACUAUCUGAUAUAAUGGAUAGCCGCUAAAUUAACCCAGCUUAUAAUUUCGAACGUCUUCCAACCCUGACUACUUAACCAGUCACCUUUAAGACCCUAAGCCACAGGCUACGUGGUCUUUCUACCGCCGGCUCAAGUUUCAAAGCACUUUGAUACCAGAAGGGACCUAAUAGUCGAGCCUUGAUCGCAGCUAGGAUAUUUUAUCUGUAUAUGACUGCUUGAAUGCUUUCAAUUUAAGCGAUCUUGAGCGGGAGACAGUAAGGUCUGCGAAUAUCGCCAGGAAUGAACUCGAGGAGACGUCGAGACGUUCAUUUGCAGACAAACGGGCAAACUCCCCAACCAUCGCUAGGCCCGCUGUCAGAGCCUCAUUUCGUCAAUCCCUUCCGACAAGUAACACAAACCUAAGCGAUUUCUCCUCGCGCUCAGUCAGCCCCUCUCUUCUCCGACCGAUGGUGAGCCGGUUAACUUGCUGUUUUUUUUACUAACUAGGGUACUUGUACGCUACGCGCGACACAAAGACCUCCUUAG